GAUAAUCUAUUUUUCAUUUUUAAGUUUUUGAAUUUUGUAGUCUAUUUACUAUUACUCACUAAUAAAUUGGCCUUCUUUGAAAUAACAUAAUAGUACCACAGCUCACUGCCAGGGCAAAGGACCAGUAAUCUUACGUCUGUAAUGUGCAGGCCAGCAAAAGCCAGUACACUAAACUAAUUUGUCGCUUUGAUUAAUCCGGAAUGGAUUUAGAAGACGGUUUAGAUGAUCUGUUAGCUGAAGUAUGUGAGCCCACAUCGCCAAAGAAAAUCAAAACUGAUGAACAAGAAUGUGUUGUACAACCAGGGACAUCUAAUUCUAUGGUUAAGAAGUCUGCAAUUUCUAAAACACACUGUGUUUUAGUGAAUCAAAAACAGCGUGGAAACCCAUUGCUCAAAUUUAUAAAAUGUGUUCCAUGGGAGUAUGAUGAAAUAAUUCCAGAUUAUGAAAUAGGCAAAGCGAUAUGCAUUCUGUUCCUGUCAGUACGUUACCAUAAUUUAAAUCCGGAUUACAUUCACAAUAGGUUGAAAGAGUUGGGCAAAAAAUAUGAACUUCGAGUACUUUUAGUGCAGGUUGAUCUCAAAGAUCCACACACAGCAUUGAAAAAUUUAACAAGAAUCUGCCUAUUGACCGAUAUGACACUUAUGUUGGCAUGGAGUCCUGAGGAAGCAGCAAAAAUUUUAGAAAACUAUAAAAUAUUUGAGAACAAACCACCUGAUAAAAUAAUGGAAAAAGUUGAAAAUGAUCCACAUCAAAAGAUAAUAAAUGCCUUGUCAUCUAUAAAACCAGUUAACAAGACUGAUGCAAUGACACUCAUAACAAGGUUCGGUACAUUAGAGAAUAUUAUCCAAGCAACUGAAACAAAACUGGCUGACUGCCCAGGUUUUGGAGCUACCAAAGCCAAAAAACUUUAUAAGGCCCUACAUGAACCAUUUUUAAAAAGGGGCCAGAUAGCCAAGGAGCAAUUGAAAAAUGAUGAAUUUUCUGAAAAUAUAUGCUUAGAAGAUGUGGAAAAAUUUGAAAAUGAAAUUCAAGAAGAGAAGCUUGCCGAAAAAUGAUGGAUUUGGUGAAAAUAUCUGUGAAAAGACAUUGAAAUGAAAGGAUAAAUAAGGUUGUGUGAAGGUACUAUUAAGGACAAGAAAGUAGACAAAUAAAUAAAACAGUGCCAUCUCUUAAAAUACCUAUGAACUAUCGCAGGCCAUGCAUAAUGAACAAGGUUACAUUGUGGGCCCGCAUUGUGCUCUUUAAAAAUGUUGGCAUAAAUGAGUAAUUGCUAUUUUGCUUUUUUAAUGACCAAGUCCGUGCGUUGUAAUCCAACAGAGAAGUCCAUAGUGUGAUGCAGAAAUAUUGUAAAAUGGAAUUUAAAAUAUAUGUAUAAUUAUUCUAACAAAGACCUUGAAGAGGUAGAAAAACUGAUAAAUAAUAUUUAUUACAUGAAUCUAACGUAGUAGGUACCUACUAAGCUAAAUGAAAUA